AGUCUAACUGAGCACAGCGCCAAUCACAGCUGUUGUUGUUGCUGCUGCUGCUGCUUGUUCAACACGUUGACAUAAAAUUUUAUCAUAUUACAACAAACUUUAAAAUAAAUUUAUCAACUAAAAAAUAAUAUACGUCGUAAGCUAUUUUUAAAAAAUAUUUCUUCAAUGGUAGUAAUAAUUUAAUAAAUAAUUAAUAAACGUAAAAAAAUAAUAACACGUGAUGGAGAUGUCAAAGAAUAAUGUGGAGAAAGGACAACAAAAGGUUGAAUUAAAGCGGGAACUUGGACUUUUUAGUGCUGUUAGUAUUAUAAUGGCUGUUAUGAUAGGAUCUGGAAUUUUUGUAUCACCAACUACAGCACUAGAAGAGACUGGGUCUAUUGGAAGUUGUUUGAUAGUAUGGGCAUCAUGUGGUUUUUUAUCACUACUUGGUGCUUUAGCAUAUGCAGAAUUAAGCACAGUAGUACCACGUAGUGGAGCUGAAUAUGCUUACUUCAUUGAAGCAUUUGGUCCUCUUCAUAAAUAUACAGGAAGACUACCAGCUUUUAUUUGUUCAUGGAUUUGUGUUUUUUUACUUCGUCCUGCUGAAGUUGCAAUAAUAAUUUUAACAUUUGCAAAAUAUUGUAUCCAGCCAUUUACAGAAUUAACGUCUGAAUUAUGUCCAGACACAUUAAAAUUACUUGAAAAGAUUGUAGCACUACUUGCAAUUUUUAUUAUCACAUUUAUCAAUCUCACAAGUGUCAAGCUUUUUGUUAAACUUCAAAAUAUAUUUUUAUUUUGUAAAGUUGGAGCAUGUUUGAUUGUUAUUGGUGGAGGAAUCUCAUGGUUAGUGAGUGGAAAAACAGAAUUACUAGCUGAUCCUUUUAAAGGAACAUCAACAUCACCAGGAAAUAUUGCACUUGCAUUUUACUCAGGGCUAUGGGCUUAUGAUGGAUGGACUUCAGCAACAAUUGUUACUGAAGAAGUUAAAAAACCUGAAGUUAAUAUUCUUCGUAGUAUUUUAAUUGCUGUUCCAAUCAUCACAGUCCUCUAUGUAUCAAUGAAUCUAGCUUAUAUGUCAGUCUUGACACGUGAUGAAAUGAUUGUCUCUGAAGCUGUGGCUAUUGACUGGGCAAAAAAAGUACUACCACCUUGGAUAGCUAUAUUAAUUCCAAUUGGUGUUGCUAUAUCAACAUUUGGAUGUGCCCUGAGUGUACAAUUUGGAAUUGCUCGUUUGUGUCAUGUUGCAGGACAAGAAGGACACGUACCUAUGGUUUUUAGUUUUGUCCAUAUAACAAGAAUGACACCAGCUGCAUCAGUUAUUCUUCAAGGACUUAUUUCGUUUAUUUGUAUACUUGUUGGAAACAUUCAUGCACUUAUUGAAUUUGCCAGUUUUUUAACUUGGGUAUUUUAUGGUCUUGCUAUGGUGGCACUUUUAAUUAUGCGUAAAACAAAACCUGAUGCACCAAGACCAUACAAAGUUCCAAUUUUUAUUCCUUGGCUUGUAUUAUUUAUUGCUAUAUUUCUUGCAGUAACACCAAUAAUUCAUGAGCCUUCUUUAAAAUAUUUUUUUGCUGUAAUUUUUAUUAUCAUUGGAGUUGGUGUCUAUCAUCUAUUUGUCUACAACCAAAGGUGUACUCGUUUUUCUGAAAAGUUUACCAAAGUUAUACAAUUAACGUGUCAAGUUGUCGCACCAGAUGGUGAUAACAAAAAUAAUUCCUGAAUAAUGAUACUUAUUAUUCAACCAAGUACGUGCCAUAUCGAAUAAAUUUUUUUAAAUACUUACACAACAAAGGUUAGAAGUACUUGUUAAAACACAAUAAAACAUAAGACCCGUAUAAGAUCUUAUUACUUUUUUAUAUUCAACCAUCGAAAAAAAAAAAAAACAAAAAUAAUUUUUUUUACUUUUCCUCGAGAAAAUCUUAAUAAAUGUUAGCUACCAGCUCAUAAAUAUAAUUAUAAAAAUAUGCACAACUUACAUUGUACAAGUGAUUAUAAAAUUGUAAUAAAAAAUAAUUUUGUUUACGUAAUUAUAGGUAUAUAUUAAUAAUGUUCUACCUAUAGUUUGACUGAGAAAUUUUCUUUUUCAUCAGUUUGACAUCGCUGCAUUUCUCUACGAAAAAAAAAAAAAAAAA